AUGGUGCAAAAAGUCCAUAACGUCGCCGUUGCCGGUGGCCGAGGAAACAUCGGUGCACCCGUGGUGGCAAACCUCCUCGCUCAUGGGUUCGAUGUUACAAUCCUCGUGCGCAAGUCCAGUGACACCAGCAGCUUGCCAGCUUCAGCCAAGGUCAAAAAGGUCGACUUCGAGUCCACUGAUGAUCUCACCGCGGCACUGGCUGGACAGGAUGCUGUUGUCGACUGCACGCUUGUGCAGGAUGAUACGCCCAAGCGCCUCAUGGACGCCUCCCUCGCCGCAGGAGUUUACCGGUAUAUCCCUUCGGACUGGAGCCUCGACCCACUUAACAAGGCCGCCAACUCCCUGCCGGUCUUCUCGAAGCGUGUUGAGCGGGAUAACUACCUCUACGAGAAGUGCAAGUCGUCGAAAGGUAGUAUGACUUGGACCAUCGUCGCAAACGGGCCAUUCCUGGACUGGAACCUUCGAACGGGUUUCGCUGGCAUCGACCUUUCCAAGAAACGAGCGGAACUCAUGGACGGGGGCGACAAUCGAGUUGUCUGGACGACUCUAGACUCGGUUGGGAAAGCCGUUGCGGGGAUCAUGGCGCACCCCGAAGAGACGCAGAACAGGCCGGUCUAUGUGCAGUCUGUCGUCAAGAGUUGUCAUGAGAUAGUCAAGCAUGCCCAGUCGGUGCUUGGGGCAGACGGAUGGCAGGUUAUCAACGUGAACGCGGAGGAGGCCAACAACAAGGCUUUGGCUGACCUGUUCAGCGGCAAGUUUGACAUGGCGACUUUUGGGACGUUGAUCAGAUACUCCAAUGCCAAGCCGGAGACGUUUUCUCCAUGGGAAAAGACCGACAAUGGGCUACUUGGGGUGCCAUCCAUGACGGAUGACGAAUUGGAGGGCUUGAUUAAAAAGAUCUCGGCAUCUGCAGCCUAG